AUGGUGAGGACGUCUGUUCUGGGCGCAGCCCUGCUGGGCGCCGCGUCCGUGUUGGCCGUCGACCCGCCGUCGUGCUCGCUCGACAAGAAGUGUCCCAAGGAGAUGCCAUGCUGCUCUCAAUACGGUCAAUGUGGCGUCGGUGCGUACUGCCUUGGCGGGUGCGACCCGCGCAUGUCAUACAGCCUAGACUCUUGCCUCCCGGCGCCAGUUUGCAAGGACAAGGUGUACAAGAUGGACUCGCUGGACCGCUACAAGGAUAUUAGCGAGUAUCUGGGCGACCCCAAGACCGCCGACUGGGUCGGCCAGGGUGAACCGCUCAUUUACCAGGGCAACACCCUGCUGACUAUGCCUCCCAAGUCGGUCGGCACGGUGCUAGCCACCACGACGUACAUGUGGUAUGGUUCUGUGCGUGCCCGGUUGAAGACAUCUCGCGGCAGGGGCGUUGUCACGGCGUUCAUCCUGUACAGCGAUGUCAAAGACGAGAUUGACUUUGAAUGGGUUGGCGUCGAUCUCGGGACUGUCCAAACGAAUUACUACUUCCAGGGCAUUCCGAACUACACCAACACGGGCAACAUCUCUAUCUCGUCCAACAGCUACGAAGACUUCCAUGACUAUGAAAUCCAAUGGACCCCCGACGAAAUCCGCUGGCUCGUUGAUGGCAAGGUUGGCCGCGUGAAGAAACGCUCUGAAACAUGGAACGCGACCGCCAACCAAUGGGACUUCCCGCAGACCCCAGCUCGCGUGCAAAUCUCUAUCUGGCCCGGCGGUCUCGAGACAAACGCCGAGGGUACCAUUAACUGGGCUGGUGGCAAGAUUGACUGGGAAUCCGACGAGAUCAAGAACUACGGCUACUACUUCGCCACCUUUGCUGAGGUCGAGGUCAAGUGCUACAGGACGGACUCUCCUCCGGGCACCAACAAGGGCAUCAGCUACUACUACACCGACUACCGUGCCACAAACGAUACCGUCGUUGACGGCAACAAAUCCACUGUCAUCAAGUCCCUUCUUGCUACUGGUCUUGACCCCACGAAAGGCGACCCGGCGAAGGCGUCCAAGUCUGGCUCGGCUUCCGCGGCCGAGUCAUCUGUUUUUGCUAUCCCCGGAGGCGGCGUUGGUAUUGGCAACCCCGUCCCUGGCAGCUCGUCCGGCAGUGAUGGUAGCAGUGGCAGCGGCACGGGUACCGGCCGGAGCUCAUUCUGUGAUGGUAGCAGCUUUUCACAGGAUUGCACGGGUGGAAGUGAUGCAGGUGAGAACGCGGGUGUGAGGGGGGUUAGGAGUGGGCUUGGAGCGAGCGCAUUUGCGGUUGUGGUGGGUAUUGCGGGGUUGUUGUUCCUUUAG